AUCAAAACAGUUUCCGAUGGAGGAUUUGAACCAAAUCAGCUAUUUAAGCCAUGCAGUUAUUGACCUUAUCUCCUUCUCCCUCUUUGCCGACGACCGCUGACAGAAGUCGAUGGAAUCUAUCCCAACGACGCCGCAGUUGCUCAAGGCGGUUACGCUGACCCAUGUCCGGUAUGAGCGGGGUGACUCCCUAGGCCACUUCCUUGCAUGGGUCUCGCUGAUCCCAGUAUUCAUUAGCCUCGGCGGCUUCGUUACCCACUUCUUAUUCCGGCGAGAGAUCCAAGUUCUCUGUUUCGCACUCGGUCUCAUCUUCUCUCAGUUCCUCAACGAGCUUAUCAAGUCAUCAGUGCAGCAGUCGCGUCCCGAGACAUGCGCUGCCCUUGAGAUGUGCGACUCACACGGCUGGCCGUCUAGUCACUCGCAGUACAUGUUCUUUUUCUCCGCCUAUUUCUCCCUUCUGUGCCUCAGUGGCACCGGGGACGGGGCCCCCUCCCGGCGAUCGAGAUUCUUUAUUGCCUUAUUUCCCUGGCCUACGGCAAUAUUGACUCUCUACUCUAGGGUUUACUUGGGAUACCACACCGUUGCCCAGGUUUUCGCUGGGGCGACUCUAGGGCUAUUUCUUGGCGUGCUUUGGUUCUGGAUUGUUAACAAUCUGCUGGUUGAUUACUUUCCAUUCAUAGAGGAGAGCGCGAUUGGCCGGUUCCUAUACAUCAAGGACACGUCUCACAUACCGAAUGUGCUUAAGUUUGAAUAUGAUAGUGCUCGGGCUGCUCGGAAGAAGAUGGCCAGUGAUUGAGAGGCUAUUCUUGGUCCCACCGCAAAGCUCAAUGUUUUAUGAGAUUGGGAUAUUUUUCUCCCAGAAGCUAAUUCUAUUGAAGCUCAACCAUACCUGGCUUUCUGGUUUCAAUAUGAAGGUACACGGAUAUUCUCAUUGUACUAAAGAUUCCAAUAAUAUUAUGGCGCAGUUAAUCCAUUGCUGCACUUGCUUUAAAAUUUUGAACUUUUUUGUGGAUUCAUAAAUUAACCAGUUUUAGCAAAGAUGUGCUUAGAUUAUUUGUUAGUACUCUAUCAAGCUUUGUGAAUGUUAGACUAUUUUACAUAAGCCAGCAAACUCAUUUAAUGGCUUUAUAGGUUGGGGCUCGAGCCUGAUAUAUUUACCUACCUGCAAAGUUAGCUAGGCGGAAGCUUUCCUUUGUAUUAUGUUGCUGACGCAUUAGUGUUCUUUUCCAGCAUGAACAUUUUUUUUAUUCUAAAAAGUGCUUUUUAAGCACGCUUUUCUUGCC